CCAUCUCCUAAAAUUACUGCACAACAUGAACACCAACACCAACGUUAACAAAACUCACAAUAACAACAACAAUUUUAUUUAUAACAAUAAAUCAACACCACCUUCUUCUACUCCUACUCCUGCUCCUGCUGCUACAAAUAAUAACAUCAUAAGGUCCAACGGUAACCAGGCUUGCGCUGCUUGUAAAUACCAACGCAGAAAGUGCGCUCCCGACUGCAUUCUCGCACCGUAUUUCCCUCACGAUCGGCAACAACAAUUCCUCAACGCCCAUAAAUUGUUUGGCGUCAGCAACAUUACUAAGAUUAUUCGGUAUCUCGAUCAGCCUGACAAGGACGAGGCCAUGCGCACCAUUAUUUACCAGUCGGAUGUUCGGGCUAAUGACCCUGUUGGCGGUUGUUAUCGGAUUAUACGUGAGCUGCAGCGUCAGAUUGAAUAUAAUCGAGCUGAGCUGCAGCUCGUGCUUCACCAGCUGGCUUAUUGUCGUGCUCAGAAUCAGCAUAAUGUCAAUCUUCUCCAUUCCAAUAAUAGUGGCUCUUUUGAGCAUAUGAUGGCCACCAAUCAUAAUGACGAUGUGCAACAACAUUAUCAGGAACGCGAUGAUCAGGUUCAGCAACCGGAUGGUCAGGAUCAACAGGAGUAUGUGUUGCAGAAUGGGGAUGAGGAUUGUGAUCAGGUACAGUUUGAGGAGAUUAAUUCGUGGGAAGGGACGGAGAAUUCCCUGGCUUUGGAGGUUAAGAAGGAUUGCGAUGCUGGUGCAGAGAAUUCUCAAGAGGAUGUUCAUGUGAAGCCGGAUUUGGAUGAUAAUGAUAAGAGAGAGGAGUUGAGAUAUGAAGUGGAGGAAAAAUCAUUCGACAGUGUUAACAAAUUUAGGCUCAAAACGACUCCUGCUAUAUAGAAUUCAUUACUUUUCUUGAUUACACAGAACAUCAUGGACAUUUUGCUAUGCCCAUUGUUCUGGAUAAUCU